GCAGCAUGAUACACUGUGGCUUGUAGAGACCUAGGCCUUGCCCCUCUAAAUCUCUCUCUUACCUAGUAACUAGGUUCGCAUAUUGUAGACCGCUAUUCCCCACAACCCUUUUGCGCGAACGAUUUUGUUUCUGUAAACGUCAUAGCCAUAUAGCGCGUGCUAAGUGGUAUUACGCCUACAUCCGACUAUUUCGCUAUCACCAGGCCUCGGGAAUACUCCCUAUCUUCCCUCUGCCUUGCGUCCUCAAUCAAACACGUUUGGCCGACAUGGACGGUCCGGCUGCUACCCAUCCCAAAGUCGUCUCUUUUCGACAGAGCGAAGAUUCUCGUGGUCCAUUAGCAGAAUACAUAAAUGAGCAGUCACCUCUCAUCCAACCUCGUCGUUCGGGUGAAGGAGAUGCACUGCUCAAGGUAGACUCUCCGGAUGGCCUUGAUGACUGGCAAGAGGAAGCUGAUGAAGAAACAAAGAGCAGUUGGUAUCUGUUCUUAUUAACACUCAGUGGCCUUGGUUUGCAGAUUGGUUGGUCGGUUGAAACCUCGAAUGGCUCGCCCUAUCUGCUCUCUCUCGGUCUCAGUAAAUCAUUCCUCGCACUGGUCUGGAUUGCAGGGCCCCUUUCGGGAGUGCUUGUACAACCCUACGUAGGCAUGAAGAGUGACAACUGCAGAAUGCGUUGGGGCAAGAGAAGACCCUUCAUCGUGGGCGGAGCAGCAGCUACCAUUGUAUCCCUCAUGAUACUCGCGUGGACAAAGGAGAUCGUUUCUGGGUUUUUGGGGAUUUUUGGUGCAGACAAAGAGUCCCGAGGGGUUCAGAUCAGUGUUAUGGUCUUCGCAGUACUCUUCGUUUAUGUACUAGACUUUGCCAUAAACGUCAUCCAAGCGGGUAUUCGUGCCUUCAUUGUCGACUGCGCCCCGACUCAUCAACAAGAGUCCGCCAAUGCCUGGAUCAUGCGUACAUCUGGAGCUGGGAAUAUCCUAGGAUAUCUUGCUGGAAACAUAAAGCUACCGCAAUAUUUGCCCUUUCUGGGGGAUACGCAGUUCAAAGUUCUAUGCGCCAUUGCAUCAUUUAUCAUGGCUCUCACGGUUGGAAUCAGUUGCGUUGCGGUUGAAGAACGAGAUCCCCGGUUUGAUGGAGAAGCUCAAGUCGAAGAGGGACUUCUGGCCUUUUUCAAGUCUCUGUACCGUUCCGUACGCAAGCUUCCACUUCAGAUCAAACGAGUAUGCCAAGUACAGUUCUUCGCUUGGAUAGGCUGGUUCCCCUUUCUAUUCUACAUCACGACAUACGUUGGGGAGAUUUAUACGGAGCCCGAGUUUGAGGCACACCCUGAUUUGACAGACACUCAAAUCAACGAUCUUUUAGAAGAAGGAACUAGGAUCGGUUCUCGUGCUCUUCUCAUAUUCGCCAUUACGACGUUUGCGGCAUCGGUUUUCCUGCCUUUUAUCAUCCCCCCUACUUAUGAAGCUCCAAAGGCUGACCAUGUUACUACACCAAUGACACCUAUGACGCCGACUACCCCUCAUUCCAUGUCUGGAUCUGGGUAUUUUUCCUAUGAUCCUCACAAAUCUCAAAAGAAACCCCAGAAAUGGUCUGACCGUUGGGCUAGAUAUGCAAAUAUCCUCCAAAUUUCAAGCCUGACACUUCGGAGGGCAUGGUUUCUAUCGCACAUCAUGUUUGCUGUUCUCAUGGCCGCCACCUUCUUUGUUCGAUCAACCUUUACCGCCACCGUGCUCGUCGGUCUGAUCGGCAUUCCUUGGGGUAUCACGAAUUGGGCGCCUUUUGCUCUUAUCUCCUCUGAAAUAUCCAAGCGCGACGCAAUGAAACGAGGCCUCAUUCGCCCAGCCUCUCGAGACGCGGCGUUGAUUGCUGCUGGGGAAGAUGAUGCUGAAGGUGCAGAUCAGGCUGGUGUGGUACUGGGCAUUCACAAUGUGGCCAUUGCGGCACCACAAGUUAUCGCCACCUUCGUCAGCUCGAUCAUCUUCAAGUUACUACAGAAGCCAAGGGGAACACCAGGAGACAACAGUGUAGCAUGGGUCCUACGUUUCGGGGGCAUUUGCGCAUUGGUGGCUGCAUAUUUCACUCUGAGAGUCAGGGAAGAUAAAGAGGAUACCGAUCUUCAGAGUGAGCGUAGACGUAGAUUUUCUUGAGUUUUGGGAAUACAUUGCAGGCGUAUAAGCGCAUGAGCAUAAGCAUGGCGUUGGCAUUUGGAUAGGCAUCGGUUCAUGA